AGAAAAGUCAAAAUUGUUUGAAUUUUUUUAAAAAAAGCUAGUAUAUUAUUCUAAUCAUAAUUCUAACAUAAAAAUUUAUGCUCCAAAUACUGUUUAACAAAAGUGUGCUGCUAUUAAUAUACACAGAUAUUGAAUUAAAUAGGAGAAUGAAUAGAAAAAGUAAAUUAACUGAACUCUUAACCUCUUCAGCUAUUGACCAAAAUACUGAAUUACUUGAAUAUAUACCCCAUCAAAACAGAAAUACAGGUAGUGAGAGAUUAAAUAUAGCUAGUAAUCCAAAGUUACAAACAGAAAAAAGAAACUAUGAAGAUAUUUUAGAAACUGCUGUUAAAGAUUUUAGUGAAGCUCCAAAGUACGAAAGCACUAGCAAUUCCCAAACAUUACUAGAUAACUACUUUAGUAACUAUCAAAAAAUAUCUUAUGAAACUAUCAACUCUAAGCCAUUAGAAGGUGUACAAUGUCCUUAUGAGAGACUACCUUCUGAGAGUGAUUUUAAAGUGACAGAAUUCUCUCUUGCAAAUACAGAAUAUUCAGUUAGAAAUUUAUUAAAACAAGCCAGCUUUGAAGUAGAAAUACUAAGUAAUAGUCCUGUAAGUGCAGGAUGUAACUGCUCUUUGUUUGAGGAGUGUGGUAAAUGUAAUUCAUUCAAAUCUCAAGUUACCCCAUCACCUGAAAACAUUUCAGAAUUUGAUUUUCAAGAAAAGAAAAAAGUAGAAGAAAUUCUUGUUAUGAAUAGUAAUAUUUUGAAUAAAGUACCUUUAGAUUACCCAAACAGUAAUAGUAAGAUAGACAAAACUGCCAAACAACAAACUUCGUCUUUAAAAAGAUACUUUAGUGUAACUAAAUCCCCAAAUAUUAAACCUCAGUCUUUAAAUGUUUCUAUGCAUAAUGAUAUUAAAAGAAACAAAUGUUUAAAUACAGAGAAGUCAAAAAGUAGAAAUCAUAUUCCUGAGAAAAGCUCCUUUACUUUUAACCACUUCAGUACUUCUCCUAAAAACAAUACUGAAAUAAUUCAAUCUAAGAACAUAGAUUGUUUAUUUAUUAAUGAAGAAGAUAAAGUGAUUUAUAAACCAACUCUCAUGAAUAAUAGUGUAAAUUCAAUAAGAAAAUCAACUAUGACAUCUUCACAUUUUGAAGAUCAAUAUUCUGAUAACAUUGCAUUUCCAUGGUAUUCAAAUAUUGAAAAUUCUAUUUGUGAGGAUGAACCUUUCGCUAAAUUAAGUCCAGAUAAUAUUUUAUCUCAAGAUAAUAGAUCAUUUUCUUUUGAUCAACAAUAUAGCACUAUUUUAAAAACAAUCCCCUUGACCGAAAAAGAUCAAAUAUUUCAAGAAGGGUUAAAAAAGAUUAGUGAAAAUGAAUGUCUAAUCUAUAAUCCCUUAUACGAUAAUAUUCCUCGACAUACAAAUAAAAACUUUAUUUUAAAUCAAAUUGAGAAAUUAUUUUCAGAAAUAUUAUCUGACUUAGUUAAGAAGGAAUGUGGACCUUCCUUUAAAAUUCGCUCUUUUAAAUGGAGCAAUUGCAAAUUUACUGAUGAUAGACUAAAGUUAAAUAAACGAGAAGAUUCGAGAUAUAUAUUUGUUAGAUAUCAAAGUUUAAGCAGUCAAGUUAAGUUUAACAUCAUAGUUUACAUUCUUGGAAAAUGUUAUUCUCUUGUUCAAACUAAUUGUUUUUGCACGAAAAGGGAAAUUUAUUAUCAAAUUGUAAACUAUGUUAAUUGUCAAGAAAGAAUUAACGAUGCUAUAAAUUCAGUAAGUUGUCUCCUUGAUGUACCCCCUUGGGAAUUGGGAGUUUUAGCAUCAAACAAAGGACUCGUCUUUGGUAAUUUAGAAAUAACAUUAGCUUCGGGGGACACAAUAAAUUUUUCUAGCCAAGGCGGUAGUUCACGUUUAUUUUCCUCAUUAACUAUAUUUUUAAAAGCAUCAUUCACUAUUUUAGGUACACUUAUUCCCCAAUAUCCCACCGAAAUUUCAAAAAUUAAAACAAGUGCUUCCUUUAUCCUGGUGAUUGAAAAAGACUCAAUUUAUCAAAAACUUUUGGAUGAAAAUUGUUUUAAUAAAUUUUCGAGUUCAUUCAUCCUGAUCACAGGAAAGGGGUUUCCGGACACAAAUACACGACUUUUCUUAAAAAUAUUGUGGAUGAAAUCUUUAAAACCAGCCUUUAUUUUGACUGACGCUGAUCCAGACGGUAUUGACAUAAUGCUCACUUAUAGAUUUGGAUCUCUGGUAAACAUAAAAUAAUCAAAUUAAAAGCAAAAAUAUUUUGAUAUAAUCAAUUUUUAAA